UUUGGCUAAAAUAAUUCGCUCUAAAAUAUAAAUAUUAAAACUAUAGCAAAACUGUUGUAGGGUUUAAUUAGAGAGAACCGGUAGGGUGUAAAUAGUGAAUUUAGUUUGAAUAUGCCCCCCAAACGGAUUGCAAGUGUUACUCCAUCUGGGGUUACUCCAGCUAGGGCAGCUUCUGGUAAACAUUGGGACUCAUCUCUUUCUGCUGCUGUAUUUGAAGAGAAUGACUGGAGGGUGAGUGUGUCUUUGGUGCAGACAGAGAAAGCAGAGGACGAACAGCUCAGUAGUGCCCUCAUACAGGCAGUUCAGAAGCCCUUGCGCAAGCUAUUCAGUGUGCUUUCCUGGCAGAACACUCUGGAAAAGAUAAAUGAACUAGGAAACCCAAAGUCAAGAAAGACUAAAGAUGUUCCCAUGUUUUAUGAGGUGACUGAAGUUGCAAAGUCACAGAUGGAUGCUGGAGAGAACAUUACUGUGGACCUGAUGGCAAAAUUGAUCAAAUUCCAUCUUUUGAUACUCAAAAACAAUGACAUUCAAAGGAGAGCUGCUGAACGGAAGGCUCUAGAGGACAAUGCACAUGUAAAAGGAGAAGCAAAUUAUGCCAGCAAGGAUCAGGGAGGUAAAGGGGCAGUGAAGGGGAAAAAUGACCUUUCAGUUUCAACCAAGAACACCAAACUCAAACGGAGAGGGGAGGAGGAAAACAAUAUUGAAUACAUAGAUGAUGAGCCAGAUGACGGGCCGCAGCACUACAUCCUAAUGAUGGGAUUCCACCAGCCCCAUCUGAUAUCUGCAUUGAACUCUUUGGGUAUCCAUGUGUCCAAUGUUAUUAAACUGGGCUUAGAGAGAGACGAUCAAUCAGAGGCUUUCGAAGAAACAACAGCAGAGGAGAAUUACUGCUCACCUGAAGAUCACGAAGUUGAUUUCUUGAAGCAGAAGAGGCAGCAAGAGUUAGAUGGGUUCUGGAAGCAGUUGGAUCGUGUCUUGAACAGUGGGAGCGAAGGAUCGAGACUUUUCGAUGUGGCCAUAUUGAAGUACAGUGUGAAGAGGCAUCUGCUGCCAGAGGACACAGGCAAUGCUGAAGCCAUGAUGGCUUUUGGUGAAGCUAUGUUUGAAGGUGUAGCAUGUCUGGUGUAUGACAGUCUUGACUGGAGAAGACAGCACAGUCAUUAUCUCAACUCCAUGAAACUGAUCCAGGUCCCAGUGGCCUCCGGACCCAGUCAGCAUUCACGACCACAGAGCUCAUUUGAGGUUAUACAAACUCCAAGGAGGAAAGCAGCAACAGAGGAAAACCCUGCAGAGCCAGAGUCUCCUGUUCUGAGCACAGAGGUUGACAUGAGAUAUUACUGUGACCUACUGGACAGAAUUCCUCCUGAAAUCACAUCUGUUCCACUCAUCCUGCAUUGCAUGCUUGAGCAGCUGGUGGCAUCAGAACAGAAAGUGAUGUCAGGAUCAGUUGAUUCAAAGCAAAACUCGGAUGAAACAGAUAAAGAUCUAAUCAAUUACAUGGUCUCAUCUGUUAUGUCUCUGCCAAUGCAAGAAGAAGACAGGAAGAAACUGAUGGAGGACUUUGGAAUCCAAGGCACACCAACAACUAUAGAUCAGAAACCACUGCUAAUAAAUCACCAUGAUGAGAGGUCAAGGAGACUCCACCAAUUUUCUGCCCUGGAUGGGUUUGAUCCUAUCAAAAUCGUAGCAGGCAUCAUGAAACAAAGCCUGGUGUGGACCAGCCUUGUAUCUAGAUUUCCUGAGAGUUCAUCUGAUAGACUGAGCAGAUCUCAAGAGCUGCGGCACUUCUGCACUGAUGAGUCUAUGAGCUGGUCUGAUCUACAGCGGCUUCUCCAGCUGUUUGUGUUCGAAAGCAUGCGCUUGACUACUGUGGAUGAGAGUGGCUGUAUUAAAGGACCAGACCCUCCCAGCCCCACACCAUGGGACAACCCUGUUGAAUAUUCCAAACACCUGUACUGGAACAACGGGUGCACACCAGGACCAGCACAAAUUUCUGCUGGGACUGAGCAGCAAAAGGGUAAUAAAGUGACCAUAACAGACCUCCAAAAGACGUUGAUUCGACAAUUAGGACAUUGGAACUUUGCGGAGAACCACAGUGCUUGUGUUUUUCCUCAGGUCAUUCAGUCUGCAUCUGAAACAUACAGAUGUGUGGAUAAAUUUCACUCCUGCAGAGACAAUGCUAUAUAUGUCAUCUGCCAUCAUCCCAUGAGCCCUCACAGGAGUUGCAAAGAAUUCCGGAAUACAUCCCUUCACACAGAUGUGGGGUUCAGGUACUAUUUGGAAUACGUGGCUGACUCCAUCAGUGAAUUGACCAGACAAGAAGAGGAAAAAUGGCACCUUGAACAGGAGAGGAAAGAAAAAGAGAGAACUCUCAUAAAAACUCCUUCAGAGAGCGACUUGAAAAGAGACUCACCCGUGAAAGCCCCGAUCAUAGACACAGAAAUAUAUAUAAGAAAGGAUUCUCUAAAAGCAUGGAAAAUGGAGCAGGAUAGAUUAAAUGAGGAGGAGGAAUCAAAAAAGACAAGUAAGGAGAAAGGAGGGAAGGCCACACCAAAAGUAAAAGAGGAAACGAAGACCCCUGUUACCUCAAGAAAGAGCAGAGAGGUUGUGUCCGAAACACCCAGUUCAGCUACAGUGACUGGAGACAAGACCAGAGAUGUUCCAGAGUCACCUCAAGAUCCACCAGACACAAGAAAAGCAAAUGCAUUCACAGGCUACAGUUUAAAUGGGAAACUUGUGCAGGUCUGCGAGGAAGUUCAGUCUUUCUAUCCAUCUGAUGGGGGACAAAUAGAUGUGGAGAGUUUUCAUUUCACACAAGGGUUGAAACAACUGAAAAUCUGUGUAAAGAAGGAUGGCCAUCACUUCUACACACACAUUUCAGAGAGGAAGAAAGAACAGGAUGAACUGAAGGACAUUGAUUUGAUUAAACAAGCUCCUCUUGGAGGCAAAGCAGAUUGUGAGACAGAGAAACGUGGAUCUUUCUAUGCUGUACUGGCAAAUGGCAUUCAGCUCUCCUGCAGUCAUACCAGCCCAAACAAGACAAAAGCUGAAAUCCAUGAUCCCAUAGUGCCCAGCUCCUGUACUGACCAACAGCAGGUGACGACAAAAGAACAUUAAUGACAAAUGCUGGUUAGUUAGGCUCCUGAGACACAGCAUGAGCACAUGGACAGUUCUUCUGCAGCAUUCCUAAAACUUCACGUUUCUGUUCCCAAUGGACUCAUCCUGUACUUUGAUUUUGAGGAUUUAGCAGGUGGUCAUUCUAGCAGUUGUUCUUUGCUGAUAAAACAGAGAUACUAUAACGCCGGGUCUCGAUCAGACAUCAGCAUGCACACCGAGGUCUCCAGGGUCAUUACCUGCAGAGGAACAACCAUAAAACAUAUGAAAGAUGGAUCUACUGAGGUCCUGUUUGCAGAUGGUACUGUAAGUAGAAGUCCAGACUCUGAACCAGUGUGUGUGUUAGUUCCACGGACACCUGCGGAGGACCAGGAGUCUAUCAAAGAACUAGCAGUGGACACCAAAGGCGUUAAAAACAAGAAGGGCAAGGCUAAUUCUGCGGUGAAUGCAGGAGAUGACAUGACUCAACCGAAAUCGGUAGAAAAAGAAAAGCCAUACAGUUUUGAGGUUACUGGAGGCUCCUGGACCACCACAACCCCUUCUGGCCUCAGGGUCGCCUCUGUGGCAGGAAAGGAAAUCGAAGCACAGCCGAUAUUGACCUAUCAUGCCACAGACCCCUUAAAUGGAACAGUCGUAGUCACACGGGAGGACAAAGUUCUGUCUGUGCUGAGGAAAGACGGAACCGUGAUAGUGGAUCAUGCAGAUGGGACACGUAUUACCACCUUCAACCAGCAGAGGGAGCUGCAACAACGUCUGAUCACAGGAGAGAAGCUGGUUCGAGUGGAGAAAACAGAGUUUGCCACAGUGAUAAUGGACUGUGAAGGAAAAGGUUGUGAAGUUCUCUUGGGGGAUGGCACCUCCAUCAGCACAACUGCUGAUGGAUCAUACAAGGUUUAUCCCUGUGGUGGUGGUGUCCUUCACAUCGAUAAAGAUGGUGGGGCGGUGUACACAUCUCAUCAGUCUGGAACGGACACUGACCAAUUUGGACAAUAUGUGAUGAACCACAGAGCUGAUGUCCUCUGUCAUAUGAUAGACCCCGAUGGGAACCGGUUUCAAGUUAACGCAGCCGGUCAGAUUGCUGUUACUAGUAGAUCAGAACAACCAACAAAUGAAGAGACCGAAACAGAACUUCAACAGAAUGCUGAAUUUAAAACACACCCACCCAGGUUGUUUGUGGUACAUGAAGAUGGAUCAGCCUCAGAGCUGCUGAGAGCUCAGGAUGUAGAUGAUGUUUUGCAGAAGGCUUACAGUGACUCGACCAUCGCUGUUCUCACCGACCCACUACCAGAAUUUCAAGAAUCAUGUUGCAUCACUCUUCUGAGACCUUGUCCUGAAGAUUCUCAUUGGCUCUUAUCCAAGCAUGAAGAUGACAUCCUUCCCACCAAUCUCAAAUCGAGGAAAUGGGAUUCAUUCCCUUCAUCUGAGAAGACAACUCCAGGCCUCCCCUUUGGCACCACACUUGGCCGCGGGCUCGAGAUUAAGAAUAAACCCAAGUGUACGUCAAUUCAAGCCCAACCGGUUUUGGAGUGCCCUGAUGUGCUGCUGGUCCGUCAGGUGAUCCAGCAUCCUCCCGUUACUGAACCUCUGCGCAGGAAACUGAUGGAGAACAUCAAGGUCUAUUUGGAGCAUCUGCUGGAGAGAGAGAAUCAGCUAGAGAAGAUACAGCCGAAGGACCCAAGAUGUGCACAGAUGCUUGUAAUGUCCCUGCCUGAGGCUGAAGAUCCACAAGUUGCCAUGGAACCUCUGUCAGGUGAUGUAGCGUCUCUUUAUACUGAAACAGUGAGCGCAGGCCAACAGUCCAACAACCUACAGGAGAAAACCAAUGAGAAACACACUGUGAGUGUCGAUAAGCAGAAGCAAGAUUCUUUGUGGGAAAACAGGAUUAAUAGACACAGACAAGAACUUCAGGAGGAAAGACGACACAGAAUCGCCCUCAGACAUGAGAUUGUUACUCCAUACUUUUACCCUGAGCUGCAGGAGAUGAACUCAUUCUUCACACAUGAGGCUAGUACAACCAAACAUCCAAACAUUUACCAGAACUCACCAGAAAACUUUCCAUUGAAAUGGCGUCAUUUCCUGCUUCAUUUUCUAGUGAAAACAUUCAGACUGAAAUCUGUUACAUUUAGCCACUAUAGAGCAGAAAUGUAUUCAGCUGUAACAAUGUCUGUUUCCUUUUAGGAUCUAGACUUGAAUUCCCUCUCCAAACAUCUUCCACCAUUUCCACCAAAAAGAAAUUCCAGAGCACCUGGUAUCUCCAUGGACUCUUCGUC